ACCUAAAAAACAGAAUGAGAGAAAGCUGUUACAUGAGCUUGGUUUCAGUGUAGUGGAGUCGUUGUUGUGAUAUCUCCAUCGAAAUUCCACACAAUUUCUGAAAAUCGAAGCAACUUCACCACUUAGUUACUGUUCGUUCCCAUAACCACAGAUCCAUCGUUUUAUUCGUUUCGUUUUUUUUUUUUUCCGUUUUCCCGAGAAAGUGUGGGAAAACAAUGGAAAAGAUGAACAGAGCCUUCGAGAAAGUGAAGAUAAUGGUGGGAAUGGAUGUCGAAGACGAAGAGCAACAAGCCGCGGCAUUGGAAAACAGCAACUCCUUCGCCUUUGUGGAUGAUUUCAACCGCAACUGCACCUUGUCCACCACACAGUUUAACUAAUAAGCUCUCUGUCUGUGACCAGAGACUAUAUGGUUUUGCCAUAUGCUUUGCUGCUGGAUUAACUUGUACACUAUUGUCUAUGCUUGUUUUCUUCAAGCCAAUCAAGUUUGCAAUAGCAUUCACUCUUGGUAAUUUGCUUUCACUUGGAAGCACAGCGUUCCUGAUAGGUCCUAAGAGGCAAGUGACAAUGAUGCUCGAUCCUGUUCGUAUAUAUGCAACUUCCAUAUACAUUGCAAGUAUGAUAAUCGCCUUGUUUUGUGCUCUUUAUGUCCAUAACAAGUUACUGACAUUUCUUGCACUUAUUUUGGAGUUUGGGGCACUUGUUUGGUAUAGUUUGAGCUACAUCCCUUUUGCAAGGUCCAUGGUUUCAAAGAUCAUGGCUUCAUGCUUUGACACUGAAUUUUAGGUUAUAAACUGAAAAAACAAUGGCAUUGUCUUUGACACCCCCAGUAUCCUUGAAGUACUAGAGAAAAGGUUUUCUGCCGCUGAAAUACAGUUGGGGAUUAUGAAUUUCUUUAUUGUCAGCUCUUUCCUUUGGUGGAGUCUUGUAUAGGUUCCACUAGAUUGUUAGACGUAAAAUCUUGUGAAUUUGUAUUAUGUUGUUUAUGAGCUAAUGUAAAGAUUUUCGUUUCUCUCA